AUGCUAGAGCCUCUACGGCAGCAAGAUGUCCAUGUUACCUGCAUCUACUCUGAAGAUUGCAUUUUGCCUUGUUCCUUCACUUCCACUGCUGCUGAUGAGGUUGUUAUUCAGUGGUACCAGCAGGGGGCGCUGAUAUACAGUUUCCAGAAUGGUGAAGAUGAACCUGACGACAGCAGCAUGUCAUUGUUUACUGAUGAGGUAUCUCAUGGCAAUGCUUCCCUGCUUUUGGAGGACAGUAAUAUCAGGAGCAGGGGGCGCUAUAAAUGUGUGGUCAACACCACUAUGACUGUUCAGGAGUCCUUUGUCAUAGUCAAGGUUGAAGCCCUCCUCAGCAAAAUCAGCAUUGAAGCCAGCUCGUCCGAGUAUGUUCAGUGCUCAUCAUAUGGUGUGUACCCUGCUCCUCUGCUAAUGUGGUCUACAGAGCCCAGCUUCCCUCCUGGGAUUCUGCAGCCUUCCACCAAAAUUACUCCAGAUUCAAAUGGCCUGUAUAGCAUACAGAGUACAGUGAAGAAAGUGACCAAGAGCUCCCAUGUCACCUACAUCUGUAUCAUCACCUCUAAAUACAGAUCACAGGUUUGGACAGCAUCACUUCUUCAGACAGAAAUGACUGGAAAAGAUGGGCAAGACUUGGUCAUUCCAUGUAUGGCUCCAAAGAAUUUGAAAAACUUCACUCUCACUUGGACUUUUACAAGAGAGGAGCAACACAAGGAAAUUCUUACCUAUUACAGCGAAAACAAGAAGAUUGUAAACCAAUGGGAUAAGCAUGCAAAACUGGACCAAGACAAGGCCUUGAUGGGAGAAGGGUCUCUUUACUUAGAUGAUCUAGAAGGCUCAAAACAAUCUGGAACAUAUAUCUGUAUAUUCUCAGGUUCUCAGGCCAAGCACACAGUCCAAACCCGUGUCAAUAUCAGUGCUUCCAGGGUAGUCCCACAAAAAGAAAAUGUGAAUCGCAAGCUGUGGAUUUUGGCAGUUGUGGUGGCGGUUCUGGCACUCCUCUGUGUCAUUCUUUACAUGUUCAGAAAAUACAGAGGUAAAUCUAAACAUUCUGACCAAGGUUUCCAAAGAGACACAGAGCUGCAGGCUAUGCACAAUGAGCAAACAGCAGAGGAUAUACCAGCUGAAAACAGCCCACUAUCGGAUCACACCAACAUAGACUCAUAG